CUUAUGAAGUGUGGUUCGACACAAAGAUUCACAUGAAAAUCCUCAACUACUCAGGGAGAGUGAAAAUUGCUCUGAGAGCCCUCGAGUCGACUAAACUUAUCACAAUCAAUUCUGAGUAUCUUACAAUCGGAAAUUGCAGUCUUGUUGAUCAUCUCAAUAAUCCCGCUGGGAUUCUUCGAGUGGAUGAGUUUCCCAGUGAAAGAGUCUUAGGUAUUGUCCUGGAAAAUCCCCUGAGAAUUGGUCAGAAUUACAUUCUGGAGAUAAAUUUCACCGGAAUUCUCCACAAUUACCCUCGAGGUCUGUGUUAUGCGCGGUACACAGAUGAAAAAGGAAAAGUCAUCUACACUGUCACUUCCCAUAUGCACGUUUCUAAUGCCAGAGUGGCUUUUCCCUGUUACGAUGAGCCUCGCUACAGGACACCGUUCACCAUUCACAUCACACAUCACUCCUCCAUGAAUGCUGCCUCUAAUAUGCCUAUUGCUUAUGUGACGAAACACCCUGACGAUUAUGUGACGACAACUUUUGAGGAAACUGUCUCCAUGUCACCUAAUUUAUUGGCCUUCUCUGUGGAUAAUUAUGUGGCUAAGACGGAAAUAAUGGAGAAAAAGAAGCUCAAUGUUAGUGUUUUGGUGCCAAAACAUCAGGAAGAUGAGGUGGACUUUGCCUUAGACCUGAUAACAUUUAUGCUAGAGGAACUGGAAACAUUUAUUGGCGUGGGCUACACUCUUCCAAAGUUCGAUGCCAUUGUUGUGCCAGACUUUCUUCACAGCGGCAUGGAAAAUUGGGGAUUAAUGGUCUUUGAUCCAAGAUUCAUCCUCUUCAAGAGAAACUACACCAGCCCUAGUCAAAUGAUGGAAGUGACUAAAACUCUCUGUCACCAUCUUGUUCACAAUUAUUUCGGGAAUCUUGUUGGACUGUCUUGGUGGUCAGAUGCGUGGAUUACAGAGGGAUUCUCAAACUACUACGAAGCCGUCUUCUCACAAAUGUAUCUCACUGAUUAUCCAGUGGAAGAGCUUUACGUCGUCGACUACAUGGAGCGAAGUCUCGCAGAAGAUUGCCUUAUAACAUCACCUUCGCUCAACAGUUACGUGGAGACGCAAAAUCAAAUAGAAUCUCUCUAUGAGUUUACAACCACUGGGAAAGCCGCGUCAAUCUUAAGAAUGUGUGAUCAUUUUCUGGGAAGAGAAACCUUUAGAAAAGGACUUCAGAAAUACAUUAAAAAUAUGGCAUUCAAAACGGCUCUUCCGGGAGAUCUGUACAGAAAUUUACAAGAAGCAUCAGAUGAAGAUCAUGCCCUUCCCGAGAAUAUCAAAGUAGAGGAUAUCUUUGACUCAUGGAUAAAUCAGCCUGGAUAUCCACUUCUGACUGUGAUGAGAAACUAUCAAUCCAACGAGAUUGUUGUUAACCAACAGAGAUUUCUCUCGGCUCGAGAUGAAGUCGAUCCUGACAGGCUCUCUUGGUAUAUUCCACUGUCGAUUGCCACCGCAAGUGAUCCAGAUAUGAAAAAUACCAAACCCUGGGCUUGGCUCAAGAGAGGAAAUCGUGAACUUGUACUCAGAACAACAGAGAACAAGACAUGGACAUCCGAUGAUUGGGUUCUGUUCAAUAUCCAACAAACUGGAUUCUACAGAGUCAAUUACGAUACGGAAAAUUGGAGACUAUUGGCCGAAGAACUUCACAGAGGAUCUCCAUACUUUAUAGGAACACUGAAUAGGGCUCAACUAAUUGAUGAUUGCUUCCAUCUCGCCUAUUCAGAUGUUGUUCCUUUCACAUUCGCUCUGGACAUCAUCAAGUACGUGCGAUACGAGAAAGAGUACGCCGUAUGGGUCACUGCUAAUCGUCACCUGUUGAACAUAGCUCAAAGACUGCAAGGCCCUUCGUACGAAUUGUUCUUUGGAAGAUUUCUGGAACAUCUCACCGAAGAACAUUUCGACAGAAUGGAUGUUUUUCCACACGUGAAUGGUCGAGAUUCUGCCAGAACCACUUUCUUCCGACCAAUUAUCGUGAAUCUCGCAUGUCGGGCCGGUUCUGGAAAGUGUUUGACAGCAACUAGGAUAAUGGUCACUGCAGAGGCUCUGACAGAGACUUGUAUGGUGCCUAUGGAACAGGCUUCUAUGUACUAUUGCCAUGGCCUAAAGAACGCCGACCUCAGAACAUUUGAGUACUUCUGGAAGAAAUUGCACGGGAUGACUAGUGAUCAGGAGAGAUCACAACUCACGUACGCAAUCACAUGUUACCACGAUCCAGACGUUGUAUAUUCUGUCUUGAUGAAUCUUGUGGAUCCUGCAGAAGAACUUGCAUUUUCAAAUCUGGAACGGUAUCAUUUGCUAGUCGCAGCUGUGAGGAAUGGACAUUUGAAAACCGUUCUGAAGUUCCUAGAAGAAAACCAAGAGAUGAUCAAUAGGACUUUCAACUUUAAUCUUCGCAUGGAACACGCUCUCAAAGAGAUUGCGACAUACAUUCAAGAGGAGGAUGUGCCAGAGUAUGAGCAUAUUCUUACGACACUUCUCAACAAUCGAUACAUCUCGGAGUCUCUGGUGCAUCGAAUAAGGACGGAUAUUAAGUAUAAUUUGGCAUGGAUCAAUGGAAAUAGACAGAAAAUUGAGGAAUGGAUUCGAGAUUACUUUGAACCAGCUCCAGCAAAAUCCACUUCAAUCUACUUCGCAGUAUCUCUUCUAUUUUGUACAAUAACAAUUCACCUCUUGUAA